AUGACUCUCGACACCAUACUCAAAAACAAGAUGCGAGCUCGAUACAUCUCCAUGCUUUGGAAAUGCUGCCGCUGCGAAGCAGCUCCUGAAGCCCUGCCAAUUUAUCUUUGCAAUGCUCUCGGUGCAGAGAGUAAAGCCCUUUCAGGGGAUUGGAGAUAUCCGGAAUUGACUUGUGGCGAUACAUCGUGCGCUACAUGCUACAGACCAAAAACAAAAUGCUCAAAUCCAGAAUGUGGACACGGAAAAUGCUACGGAUGUCCUUCCCAUGAUGGCGAUAUCAAUACAAGAAACUCUCGAGUAUCACUUGAAAUCAUAGGAGGCGAACGAUUCGCACUUACUUUCUCCAUGGGCUAUAAUUGCCGGUGGCAAUGCACUGAAAGCAGUUUCCCAAACUUCAACGUGCUCGAGGGCCCAGAGCCUUCAAUUUGGGAUCGUGAUCGUGAAGAUCCAGAGCCAACUGGACAGAAAAUAACACGUAUAAUACCGCUACCCAAGGUUAUUGCCAACCAGUAUCUUCGAAGCGAGGAACGGCAUACCGAAGACGAGACAAAUCCACAGACUGACUUGAAGGAUAAGUCUAUGGCAGAUCCGCAACUCCCCAUAUCUAGAGAUAGCCCUAUCUCAUCAGACAGUGCCAUCAAAGCCGCAAAAACAAUUUUGAGACCAACAAAAACUUCACAGGAAAGUCCAUCACAAGUCUCUAGGGGGACAGAUAUCAUCAAAAAUGUCAACAGCAGUCUAGAUAAUCUAGAAUAUAUUAGUAAGCUCACUUAUAUCCCCAUUAACAGCCGAAAUCUUAUAGUUGCAGGUGUCCAAAUCUCGGGAUCAGACAGCACACAGAUCGCCAGCGAUUUCGCCAUAGCAGAAUUGAGCAGUCAAACGACUGUAUCAGAUCAUUCUAAAUGUUCUGAAGUCCAAGGAUCAGCAUCUACAUCCGUCACGAACACACCGGCCUCUAUACCGGUUCCCAGUGCAGAUAUCCUCACGUUAUCCUCCUCAUCCCAGCCCAUGGCUCUCGUGGAAACCGAAUCUAUUAUCUCGGAUGGACAAAGCCCGCAAAACCCAAUAGUCCUUGCAGAAAAUACAUCUGAAAUAGAUCCUAGAAUGAAAGAAGGUGCAACUUCAGUGGAAGAGAAAAGACCUUAUUAUAUGAGUGGAAUUGCCGGUCAGGCAGUAGGUCUUCAACGUCAGCUUUCAACCGCAGGACCUACUGAAUUUGAAUCCAGUGGAAAAAACUACUCAUCAUAUUCGGGAUCCACAAAGCUCGCAUCAAUUAGACCAGCUUCUACACGUACAAGAACUCCGACAAGAGCACUAAAGCUUCUAAUGCGUAAGCAUCGAAAACAUCCGGCUUACAGCCCACCUCCAACUCCCCCACCUGAUUCUCCAAUUUCACCCCCGACCCCGCCUCCAGAAAAUCAGCAAGUUCAGAUAGUCGAUCGGAUUCUUAGUGAAAGAUUACAUAGGCCCUUCGGAAGCUUGCCAAAUUCCCCAUCGAGCAGAUGGGUUUCACUAUUUCAAGAAACUUCACCACAAUCCGAGACGCCAAAUUUGUCGGCUCCUGCGGUGAUUCCACAGAAAAGACCACAAUCCCCAGCGAUCAGGCCCGCCAAGAUUAUACGUCGACAAAGAAAACUGUAG